AAUCUCAUAAAUCAUGGCAUUGCCAGAGCCGGUGGCAAGCGUCGAUCCCGUGCAGGUGGAGUCAUUGCAACUCUUAACUCUGCAAGAGAGCGCUCUCAAGGAGGAACUACUGCAUGCGGGCGAGUCCAUGCAACAUUCCUUGGGCAUUGCUUUUGAACGUCUCAAGGAUGCCUGUUCUGCCGACUCCAUGGAGCGGAGUGGGGGUUGGCUAUUGGAGCAUGUGUGGCGCUUUUGCGAUGAAUUGCAGGCCAUUCAGAAAAGUAUGCACAGAGCACGCAACAGCGAAGCUCUGGGCGAGACACUCACUUCUGUGCGCCGCCGCCGUGGUGGACUCCAGGAUGAGCUUCGACACCAGGCCCAAUGGCAGGAGGAAUUGGAGCAGCAACGUCAAGAAGCCCUUCAAAAGGAGCGGCAACUGCAGCAGCGCCUGGAGCAAUGCAAGGAAGAGAUCAUCUCAUUGAAGUCACGUGAUCGCAAUGCUUCUUUGGAGGCGUUAACACUCGAGUUUAGCCUUCAGGAGGCUUCCAGGUUUCAAAAACUGGAUGCGGAAUUCAAGGACUUGCUAUCGCAGAUGGAGAUGCAACAAAAGAAGGAGAAGGACGAGCUUCUUCAGCAGUUGGCUUCUGCAACGAUGCAGCUGCGACAGCUGGCCCAGCAGAUUCUGCAUUUAAGGCAAAUGCAGAGGACCCUUGAUGGCAGCCUUCGCGCAGAGCUCUCCAAGGGAAAGGAAACCUUGAGCCGCUGCGGUGCGGCAUUGGUGGAGGGAGCUGCAGCGGGUUGUCGGCAGAUGUCCGUGCUGAGCAUGGCAACCGAGGAACAUGUCAAAGCGUUGCAAGCACGGUUGGCAGCAAGAGAACAGGCGGGUGUUGAGCAACUGGAGAGGCAGCAGAAGGAGGCGUUGGCGAUAGCAGAACAGGCUGAGCGCCUCAAGGCCCAAGCCACACAGGAGAUAUCUCGUUUGUUGCAUGAGCAAAGCAUCUCAGAGAAGCAACGCAGUGCCAAUGCUGUCAAUGCGUCCAAAGCUUCCCAAGCAAUCAUGCAAGGAACUGAUGAGAGCAGGAACACCUCUACAAUUGCUUGCAAAACCGUGCGACUUGCGGCUGAAGCAACACAAGCAAGGACAUGUGUGCUGAUUGAUGAACGAGAACGAUUGGAAACCCUUUGCGGUGCAGAAAGGCUUUAUGAAGCCCAGCAAUCUCUGCAGGAAGCUUUGGCACAGAAUGAACAGCUUCGAAGAGACUUAGACUUGGCAAGGCUCCGCGAGCAGCAGAGCCAUGCUGACGCGGCAGAUGCAGAUGCCACAGAGCAUCGGAAGCGCUGUGAAGGGCUUUACCAAAAGGAGAAGGCAGAGCUAAAUGAAGUGGAGCAGAGCCUUGUGGCACAAGAGGCCAAGCUCGGGUCUCUCUCGACCAAAGUUGCACAGCUCAAGAUGCGCGUAUCAAGUUCAUUGGUUGAGAAUGGUGCGUUGGAGAGGGAAAGAACUCUCUGGAGAGCACAGCAUGAACUGCAGCAAAAGCUGCGACAGGAAGUGGAGCAGGGGAUGGAGCAAGCUCGUGCCGCGUGGGCACAAGAGCGAGACGAGAUCAAGGAAGAUAUCUCGAGGAGCUCCCAAAAGCUGCAGUGCAUGAAGGCAGAUGUUGCUGCGGCUCAGGAAUAUCCAGGUGCAGCCACCUGUUGGUCGGAGGAGCGGCAGUUGGAACAAGAACUUCAAGAGGUCGAAAGGUGCUUGGGUGCUGUGACGUCUACCCUGGCACAACGCAGUGCCGUGCGCCGCUUACAACAGUCUGAUGCUGAUGCACGUUUGCGCACUGUCUGGCAACGCCUGGACCGCCUACAACACUCCAUGGAUUUGGAGUUACGACCUCUGAGCUGUAUGGACAAGUUGAGCCCUUGAGUGGAUGUUUCAUAAGCACCAGCUCGCUGACAUACGAGCGAAAAAAAACUGUACAUUAGCCAUCAGACAAACGAUCCAGAGAAGCGUGCGGUGGUUUAUUGGGGCUCCUGUGUGGAGCCCUGAAUUUGCUUUGACAAAGAUGGAAAA